AUGGAUCCAUUUGAAGAUGAUCGUGAAGAUAUGUACGAUGAUGACAUUGAUAGUGAUCAUGGCGAUGGAUAUGAAGAAGAAGAAGAAGAAGAAGAAGAAGAAGAAGAUGAUAGCGAGGAACCAAUUGCUGACAAACAAAAUCAUCUGAUUCUGAAAAAAGAUGAUCUGGCUCAACGUUUAGAACACGAUAUUAACGAGGUCAUGUCUGUUUUAUCUAUUACUAAAUAUGAUGCAUGCGUACUUUUAAUUCGUUAUAAUUGGAGUGUCGGUGACGUUCAAGAAGCUUGGUUUGAUAAUGAAGUUAAAGUUAGGGAGAGUGUCGGUUUGUUAGACGUUGAUCCGGAUGUUAAGUUCCCGAAAACGUCUAAUGAACUGGUUCUUUGUGGUAUUUGUUUCGAGUCUGUUAGGGUUAUAGAUACUGCAAAUUGUGGAUGUGGUCAUUCUUUUUGCAAUGAGUGUUGGAAAAGUUAUGUUUCUACUUCUAUUGAUGGUGGGAUGGGUUGUCUGACUCUCAAGUGUCCCCAACCCAAGUGUGGUGCUGCUGUGGGCCCCGAUAUGGUUAACGUGCUUGUUGAUGAUGAGGAAAAGAAAAGAUACGACCGGUUCGUUGUUAUGUCAUACGUUGAGCGUAAUAAAAAGGUCAAGUGGUGUCCGGGUCCUGGGUGCGAGUACGCGGUUGAGUUUGCUGAGGAUGACCAUGAUAUGGAGACCGGUGAUGAUGAUUUUGAUGUAUAUUGUGGUUGUAAGUAUGGUUUUUGUUGGAAGUGUUCGGAAGACGCGCAUCGUCCUCUUGAUUGCGAAACCGUGGCUAAAUGGGUGAUCAAAAAUUCGGCCGAGGCUGAGAAUACUAAGUGGAUACUUGCAUAUACUAAGCCUUGUCCGAAUUGUAAAAAGUCAAUUGAGAAGAACGAAGGGUGUAUGCACAUGACUUGCAAGUGUGGUCAUCACUUUUGUUGGUUAUGUCUUGGGUCUUUUGGUGGGUACGAUCAUGCUUGCAAUCAUUAUGAAGAACACGCGAAAACUAAAGAGGACAUAACACGAGAGAGGGCUAAGAAUUCGAUAGAGAAAUACAUACAUUACUACGAACGAUGGGCUGCUAAUGAGAAUUCAAGGAAAAAGGCGCUUUCUGAUUUGGAGGAGAUUAAAACUGAUCUUCUCGAGAAGAUUGGUUCUAUUUACGAUCAAAACGUGACACAGUUGCAGUUCAUUGAAGAGGCUUGGUUGCAGAUAGUCAAGUGCAGAAGAAUACUGAAAUGGACAUAUGCAUAUGGUUACUAUAUCCCCGAAAACGAAGAGGGGAAAAAGAAUAUGUUUGAGUAUUUGCAGGGCGAAGCGGAGGGUGUUUUAGAAAGGCUUCAUCAUUGCGUGGAGAAGGAGCUAAAAUCUGACAUUGGACUUGCAAACUUUGGAGACGCAAUAGAAGCGUUCGAUGAGUUCCGGCAAAAGUUGGCCAGUUUGACAAAAGUGACUAAAUCCUAUUUUGAAAACUUGGUGACUGCAUUAAAGAAAGGUCUUCCAGAGGUUUGGAUGGAUGAGAAGGCGUGGAAUGCAGACUAUGUCUUAGGGGAAACUGAUUUGUUUAAUCUUUAA